ACUCAAUAUCCGCUCAGAUUCAAAUACUGCCUCGAGUACACAUUUAUCGCGAAAGUGACCUGAUUUUGGUUCCUUAUCCCCCAGUGCUAGUGAAGGCGACUCUGAAACUUGCUCCUUUGCCUAAUUGCAGCGUUUAAGGUCUGGAGAAAUCGAUACAACAAUGGCGUCGGCUUAUUCCCCGAAGCUUGUAUGCAGGGCCUUGGUGUUGCUUUUAGCAAGCACCUGUACUCUUGGACAGGAGGGUGUGUACCCGAAUAGCUGCUUGGUUGAAUGGUUGAUUCACGCUGGGGUUUCUCCCACCAAUGCUGUGACCUUCGAGCAAAAUGCUCUUCUGCACCACAAGAAUUUCGCUGAGAUUCUCGACGGGGGGUAUUCACUGUACAAUACCACGCUACUAGCUUCAGAGGCAGAUUCUCAAGCUAUUCACGAUUGCGCCCAGGGCAAUUCAGCAUCCUGUAAUUCGUACCCGGGUCCCUGCUUCAACGGAGGAGACUGCGGUCGGGUCUAUAUUGGCGGGAGAGAAGAGUAUAUCUGCAAAUGCCGCAAUAUUUUUUACGAAGGAGACUACUGUGAAACUGGAACAUUUCCUGCCUAUAGCCUGGAGUUGGAGGAUCUUCAAACGAAGGUGGCAUCAUUGAAGACUGCCUUGGACCUGCAGAAAGACAAGACAAAGUUGCUAGGCACAGGCUGUAACCUGCGGACCGUAGGAUACAAGUAUCAAAGUCAACACAACCUGUUUCAGGAGAAAGACGUCGGACAAGUGGCGUCGAUGACCUUCACUAAGAAACGAAACGACACAGUACUGAAGCUGUCCUAUUCCAGCAGCAUCCGAACACUAGGAGCUCUAGCUGCAACUCGCUGGCACUUCGCAAUCGACGGACAUGAGUGCCGCAAGCCCACACCUAUUGAUAUUGGUAUGUGGCAGGAUACCGCCGACAACACACACGUGCCCGCCGUUCUGACAGGAAUCUGCGAGUCUAUCCUCGGAAACGGAACGAACCUGCCGGCUGGAGAUCACACCAUAUCUGUUCAAGCCGGUCAAAUGAGAAACUUUGCUAUCGCUGAUGCCAUCUCCGGCUGGCACACAACAUCCUUCUUGGAAGUUGAAGAAAUGUGUCCAAGUUCUGCCUUUUACCCUGGGAUGGAGACGGCCUGAGUUUUUAAAAGCUGUGAAAAAGUGCCUCUCUGUCUGCUGAGCUGGUUGUUGCCAGGCCUAGGUUGCUGGCACUUGAGAACUCAAUUGCCGUAGAUCACUCUUACAGUAAAGAAUGCAGAACACGAAAAAAGGACCAAAGAACUACAAGUUACGCUACAAUAUAAACUAACACCACCAGUUACGUAAAGACUGUACGUUAGAUAAUGGAUGGCUGUGCUAGGUUUAUUAAUUACUAGGCUUUCCUAUUGUCUCUCGUUGCUGUCGUUUUUCAUAAUAUUGUGUUGCAUUUGUAUUAC